ACUAGAGGGCGUUUAAAAUAAAAAUGUCUGCUUUCGCGUGGGAAUAUUGAAUUUCGUUAAUAACUAACAUGUCUUCGAUUAAUAAAUUAAAAGCUAAGAAAGAAAACUUUUAUAGGAAAGUACAGUUUAAUAAUGUUUCAUUUCAAACAAGAAUAAUUACCAAAAUUGUGGACGAUUUAUUAAAAGAAAAUGUUUUGGAUGAACAAAUACCAGAAUUGGCCGUUUUGUGGGAUAACUGCGGAGACGAAUCGCCUAUAAUUAGUAAAUUAUGUUGCAAAGCAUUAACUUAUUUAACGAUUAAAGGUAAACUAGAUCCUUCCAAGGCUAUAGAUGAAUUCAACGCUUCUAUUCUAUCUGCAAAGCAAGUUGGACCUAUUAUUGAUGCUAUUGGUAGAAUUCUGUUAUUUGAGGCUGCAGAACAAGAAAGAUUGAAUAAAAGAUACGUAUGUCCUUAUUCGUUUUCUUCUCCAGUUCAUCCAUUUAUAUCGGUUCUAAGAGAAAAGCAAGAAUCCUGGCCAUUUAUUUUACAGUGGAUAAAACAUAUCUUGAAUAACAAAGAAUAUCCUUUUCAGUUAGCUAAACCAUUGCUGUGUUAUAUUUUGUUGAACCCGUUGCAGUCUUGUGAUGAUUUCUUUAAUAUCAAUAUUCAUUAUGAAUUAUUUUCAAAUAUUGAUAACAUAAAAUUUAUUUAUUCAUUCUUACCACUUAUACAAACAAAAACUAAAACUGAAUUGAUAAAAUUGAUUAUUUUAAUAGAAAAAUUAUCUGAAUAUACUCAAUGUGCAACUAAGGUAGAAAAAGAAAUGCUCUUAUUGAUAACACUAUCUGUUUGCAAAGAUGCUAUUGAUUAUGGCUUCAAUAUCAUAAAUAUUGUAACAGUUUGUAAAAAGUUAGUUGUCGAAAAAGAUAUUAGCUUCUAUAUUAAAAAUGCAUGUAUUGUUUUCUUAUCUGUAAUUAUUGAUUGUGUGGUAGAUUCUGAUCUUUAUCAUAUUCUAUCUUUUGGAGAACUUGUAUUAAAGUUGCAAAAUUUUCAUGUACAAUUUGACAGUGAUUCACCAGUUGAUUGCAAAAAUAAUUUUUCAGCUUCUAUAUUGGGAAUGUUAAUAUUACCAAUAUUAAAUGUUUUAACUAGAGAAUAUGAUGAUUCAAUACAGAAUAUAAAAAGCAUUGCUGCUGAGAUUUUCUUAAUAAUUGAAAGAACUCUCAUGUGUAAAUUUUUGAAUCAUAAUAUAGAAUAUUGGAUAAAUGAAAGUGAGAAAUGUUUAUUGAUUUGCAGUUUCAAUCCAUUAAUUUCAGAAAUUGUAAAUAGUGUAUAUUUUAUUGCUACUCUUGAUGAAAUUAAUAAUCAAGAAGAAUGGAUUGAUAAAAUCUCAGCUUUUAUAAAAUCAUCAAAUUCUGUUCAACCUCUUUUAUUAAAUAUAUUAUGUAAUAUGUUCAUAAAUGUUAAACAGUUAUCAUUAUUUAGAAAAUAUCUUGAUGUUUUAAAAUAUGUUGCAGUUAUUGAACCAAGCCAGUCAUUGUCAUUAUUAUCAUUAUUUUUGUAUAAACUUAAUGUUGAACAUGAUCCCAAUACUCAAUUAAUUAUUACAGAAUCUCUACCUAGUCUAGCAACACACAAUUAUUCUAUUGGUGUUAUUCUAAAUACUAUACAAUACUUCAUCAAUCAUCAUAAAUUAAAGCCUGAAGGAAUUCAUUUAAUGAUCCUGCUCUGGAAAAAGCAAAUUAGAUGUUUUCCUUAUCUUAAACAACUUCUUGAAGAAGAAAUUAAAGAUUCUACAAAUUCUUCCUGUGACAAAGUAUUAGUUGCUAAAGCUGUUGCUAUGAAAGAAAUAUGUGAGACUCAUCCUCAAAACUUUGGUAUUUUUAUACUAAAGCAUAUGUCAGAUAUUUUUAAUAAAUGUACAAGUGAUGCCAGUAGUCCUGCUGUGGCCUUAGCAUUAAAUGGUAUAUUUUACUUGUGUAAAGCUGGAGAAAUUGAUAUAAAAAGUGCAUGGAAAACACUUGCAAGAAAACUCACUAAUGAUAAAAGGCCAUUAGUUCUUAAGCAUCUUUAUAAAUUAUUAAGUCUUGCUCCUGAACUGAGGGUGAUGUCAUCCUCAUAUGAAAAGUUCAUGACAGAAGUUGUAAGUAUGCUCUGGAAACAUGUAAGUAAACAAAAUAAUCCUGUUAGUAUCUCUGCUGCUUAUGAAGCUUUAGGAAAGUUUCCAAUUGAAUUCCAUCAUUUGAAAAUACUUCCAAAUGUUGCUACAAAAAAUAUUAUUUCACCAAAAGCAUCUUCACCUCUUGAUUUGGGAAAAGAUCCAUUAGACAGACUUGGGUAUGUUCCUGGUUUUUGUUUUACAGAUUUAUUAGAAUCAAUAAAUGAUGAAGAUAUUCUUAAAGGAUAUGAAGAAUUCUUAGUAGGAUUGUUAAAUUUUGAGAUUGAUGAUUUACCUCAAAGUGUGUAUCAUUCAGCAAAAAUGGCAGCAAAACCAUCAAAGCAUGAUAAUAUAAUAGAUGAGAUUCCUCAGUUUUUGUGCAUGAAGUAUAGUAGUAAUCGUCAGCCAAUUUUACAAAGUAAUUUAGCUCUUGGUGUACUUUUAUCUUAUCAUCCACCUGUAGAAGUUGAUAAGUAUGGUUUACCUACUAAGCAAUCAUUGAUAGCCCAAUCUAAUUAUUAUCAACAAAUAUUAGAAGCAUUACUUCAAGAUAUCACAAUUGAUAUUUCAGAAUGGUGGCAAUGUGUAUUAUUGUCAUUUGCAUGGAAUUCAUUCAUGGAUAGGGCAUUUUUCUCAUGUAUUGAAGGAAUGUUUGCUAGUGAGGAAUUAGAGAAGAAAGAUUCAAAUAAAAAUACUGAAACAGAAAAUCGAAAAGAAAUUUUAACAGCUGUUCGAGAAAAUUUAUUAGAAAUAAUUAAACGACAAUCCAAAGAGAAACCUUCAACACCAGCAAAUGCUAUAAUGGCAGUUGUGGGAUUGGCAGUUUCUUUUUGGAAAUAUGAAAAUACUGCAAAAUGCUAUAAAUUGGAAAAUUCUGAAGAACAUCAUCUUGAAUUUAUUCUGAAAAUUACAGAAACUAUGAUAUGUAUAUUAGAUCCUUCAAGGAAGCCAAAUUCAGAAGUCAUAGGUUGGUUAUUGGUUCAUGGAAAGAAGUCUGGUUUUGGAAGUUCUGUGUUACGUGGAUGUACUGCUACAUCUUUUUUUCACCUAGUUCCCUUUUUAAUGGGAUCAGGUUAUGAUUGUAUUGGAAUUAUUUCAGAUUUAUUAUUAGAACAAUUAUCACCCAAAGCAAAUGCAGUUUUACAGUUACAUUCUGGAAUUGGUUUAGGUUUAUUUUUGCAGUCUGUAGCUAAUGUGGGUCAAACAGAAAUGUGUUUAAAAACAAUUAAGAGAAUUGAAGACAUCAUUAAAGAAAAUGAAGAAUUGAUGCCUGGCUCCAUAAUUGGUUUAUCACUUUCUAUCUUAUCAUUAUAUCAAAGUGAUGAUGAUUCCAUUAAAAAUUAUACCCAGAAUAUAUGGAAAUUUUAUAUUAAUAUGUUACAGAAAGCAGAUCCAUUAUCGUUAUCUUAUGAUAUUUUGUGUCAAUGUACUGUUAUGCUUACUGUCUCUGCAAUGCAUGCUAAUAUCAUAACAUUUGAACAAUGUAAAGAAUUCUUUUCAUGGAUUGACAAUUGUCACAAAGAGCAAUCACAAAGUAGUGGUAUAGCUGUAUCUAUAGGUACAUUUGUUGGUAUGUUAACAAACUUAGGAUAUGAAUUUGUUUCAGAGAAAAGAAUGGAACUUUUAAAUAAUUGGAUGAAUAUACUAUCAUCAGAAGAAAAACCAAACUUACAAAAACUUGCUGCUUUGAGAGGUUUGAGCUCUUUAUUUACAAAAUUUAACCAUGUAUGUGUAUUUGAUUUGGAAAAUGAAACUAAUAUAAAAGAAAUAAGUGAAAUGAUUCAAUUAAUGAUGAGAUUAUUUAAAAAACCAAAAGAUGUGGUCUUACAAAAUACUAGUUCAUGGUUAUUAGGAGAAUUGUAUAGUAUAAGUGGUGGAUAUAUAUCAUCAUCAUCCCUUCCAACAAAUUAUUUAUAUUUGCAUGAAAAAUAUUUACUCAGGGCCAUUAUAGGAUUUAUAUCGAAAUCUGCUAAACAUCAAUCUCUUAUCAACCAUCUCAAUCUAUGUCUUAAUGUGCUAGGCAGAAAAUAUUCAAAACCUUUUCCUCCAAUCUCAUGGACAGCAGUUCUUAAUCCUCUUCUUCAAAGCAACGAUGAUACCAUAAACAAAUGUUUAAAAAUAUUUAUUUCCCAAUCAUCGUCAUCAUCAACAGCUGCAUUAUCACUUUCCACAUUAACUACACCACUUAAAUUCAAUUCAUUACCUAUAAAAUGUCAACAGUUCUUGGUAUGUUCACUUCCUGUUUUGUUAAAAUGUUUACCUGCUACUAAACUAAAUUUAUUUUUUUCAUCUAUUAUUGUCCCAGUUUUCUUAACAGAGAAACAAUUACAGGAAAAUGGAGCAAUGGUUCUUAAUGCACUAUAUGAAGCAAUUUCUAAAAAUCAAAAUGAAAGUAUUAAUGAAAUAUUAAAAGAUGUGAUAACACAUAUAGUUAAUAAUUCAUUCGAAAAGCAUUUUGAUUUAUUUCAGCAUUUAAAUUUGACAAAUACUAUGUGUAAUUGUCUUUUGAAAUUUCCUUCAGAAUUGUUAGAAAAUAUAAUUAAAAAUGUGAGUGCCUUACCUGCAAUAGUUUUAUGUUGUGAACUAUUGAAAAAAGAUAAGUUAACUCUUGCAAGUUUACAUUUUUGUAUAGAUCUAGCUUUAUAUUCAAAUGAUCAAAUAAGACAUCAAAUUAUCAAAAAAUUUCUGAACUUUUUUAUUCAUCAAAAUAUAGAUAUUAAAGAAAAUAUUUCAAAACAAAAAGUGGCUGCUGACUGGCUUUUGGAAAUAAUGAAUAGAAUUAUAACAACAAUAAAACAUUCAUCCACAUCUGAUCAAAUUGAUUUCUUAUUAAGUAUUUUUGCAUGUUCAAUAUUAAGUUAUUCAGGGAUACAAAUGACCUAUAUGAUUAAUUUUUAUGACAAUAAACAAUCAUUACUAUCUGUUUUACCUGCAGUUUUACCUAAUAUAUUACAAACUCCAAUUUGGAAUAAUCUAACUGCAAAAAUCUUGGAUUUCUUUCUACUUUUAGAAACUUAUGAAGAAAUUAACUAUUACACCAAACUACAACUACUUGCCAUAUUGUGUUCACUUCGUGGAUUCCAGGAAUUUGCUAAAACUCCUGUUUAUUCAAAGGUAUUUAGUUACCUUGAAUCUUUUCAUUUGAUUUAAAAAUUUUAGUAAACUUUAAUUCUUUUAUGCUGGUGUUGGAAAUGAAAAUUUUGUACAGUUAACUAAUAAUAAAUGU